CAGAUUCAUCUCUAUUAAACCCUAAACUCCAACCUUCAAAGUUCAAUCCUUGGGUAGAUAAAUGAAAUUGCUAGCACCAGCCAUGAACAGAGCUGUUCUCAGAAAUGUCUCACUACAUAUUCCCAACCAUCUUCUCGAUCCUCUAAAAUCCAUAACAAAUCGUAUCUCAUCAUCAUCUAUAUUUGUUUCUUGGACUUUUUCUACACUCAGAUUCUACUCGUCUGAUUCUGAUUUAUCUCAUAAAGAAAAUUUCCCUCGGACCCAGAAGCAACAUGGUGGAGUUGAGGAUGUUGAUGGUGUGAGUAACCAAGAGCUAAAGAGGCGGAUAGAGAAGUACUGCGAGGGGGAUGAAGAGGCGAUUCCUUCAAUAUUUGAAGCCAUAUUGAAGAGGAAAUUAGCAGGGAUUAGUUAA